AUGGCAUUCCGCCUGGGAUCCGUGCUGCUGGCCUUCCUCUUUGUGGGGAUUGCAAGCUCUGUGAGGGACGACGCCCAAGUGAAGUGCAAGGAGUCCUUGGUCGCAGCCGCAAUGGAGACCUACCUGAACGAGAAGCAGAAAACGGACCCGCUGGCUACCAAGAAGGCGCAGUGCAACUGGGCGACCAACGGGCAGAAUCCUGAUGCCAGGGAGGAGGCCGUGACCGGCAUGGAUGAGAAGCUGAAGAAGCUCAAGGUGACGGGCUGCACUACGAAGAUGCUCGAAGAUGGCCUGGACUCCUACUGCGCCAAGCUGAAGUAA